AUGUUAAGCAGAAAAAGAUCAGCAGAAGCAAGACUUCAUCGUAAACGUCAGCUCCAAUUCAAGAGAGCAAAGAAAUUGAAUGGACUGCAGAAGGAGAAUGUAGGAAAGACUACCCCAAUUAGUAGACAUGAUAAUGCUCAUACAAGAAUUCCACUUUCUACCAUCUCUCAGAACAUUCCAAGUUCCAGCAAUUCGGUUUUAACAACUUUGCAGAAAACUCAUGCUUCUUCGGUGAUCAGUAGUCUUGCAAAUUCGUUGAAUAAAAAACGUGCAAGAGUCGUUACUUGCAGGAACAUCAAUAAUAUAGGGACGAAUUUAAAGAAGAGAUUUGAUAACGUUGUUGGUGAAUGUGGUUCUACAUCUUCAAAAAACUCACCUUUACAGACUACUGAAAUUAAUGAACCUUUUGAAGAUGACAACGAAGAGGAUAAUAUGCAUGAUGAUUCGUCAGAGAGUUGGAUGGACGAAGAUGAAGAAGAUAUGGACAAUCAAACUGUAAUGGUCAAUGCACUACCAUCAGGAGAUUUUUACGACAUAGGUGAUCCAGUGUUUGAAUGUCCAAAAUGUGGUGCAAACAUGUGGUAUUUAGAAAGGAAGACCAAGUACCGGAAAACAUUAAAUCCUAAGUUCACAAUGUGUUGUGGGGAUGGUAAAGUUCAAAUUCCUCUAUUGAGAGAACCUCCACCGGUGUUACAGAAACUGUUGUUUGACCAAACAAACCCUGAAUCAAAACUAUUUCAACAACAAAUACGUCUUUUCAACAUGAUGUUUGCAUUUACGUCUCCGGGUGCUAAAAUGGACAACCGUUUUAACAAUGGUAGAGGUCCUCCAAAUUAUCGAAUUCAAGGACAAUCAUGUCAUCAUAUAGGUAGCAUGUUACCAUUACCAGGACAAAAUCCCCGAUUUGCACAACUCUAUAUUUAUGAUACUGAACAUGAAAUACAACAUAAAGUAAACGGAUUCAAGACAAAAGACAGAAUAGAUGUUGACAUAGUGAAAAAACUCUCUUCUAUGUUAUAUCAACACAAUGUUCAUGCUCAAAGUUUUAAGAUGGCAAGGGAUAUACUUUCCGAAGGCAAUGUUUCUGACCUAAAGCUCCGUCUCAUUUCCGAGCGACGCACCGAUGGAAGAAUUUAUAAUCAACCAACUGUUUCCGAAGUUGCUGCUCUAAUUGUUGGUGAUGUUGAUACUGCUGAGAAGAGGGACAUAAUAAUGCACAAACAGACUGGACAACUUCAAAUAAUAGAUGAAUAUCAUACAUCAUAUUUGGGAUUUCAAUAUCCAUUGCUUUUCCCUUAUGGCGAAGAUGGUUACAUGCCUAACAUUAGACAUCGCAAUCAAGAUUCCAACAAUAGACGUAACUCAUAA